UUUGUUGUAAUGUUUUUAUGAUGUUGCUAUGUGCUGAGGUUUUUCUUCGUUUCAAUGAAACGAGUGCCCUCUCGUUUCAUUGAAAGGACUGUUUUUUUCCUCCUCCUUCCUCCUGUUCUCUCAUUUCUCAUCUAAUAAGACGGUGCCGCAGAUGGCUGCCUCGGUGUGUUGACCAAAACAAAUUCCUCGUAUGUGCAAACGUACUUGGCAAUAAAAUACGAUUCUGAUUCUGAUAAGUUAAAGAGUAAAAAAGAAACAGAAAGGAAAACUGUCCAUACAAAACUUUAGGGCUUGUUGACAGUAGAUAUGUACAUAUAUAUAUAUAUAGUUAAGCCCAGAAUUAUUCAUACCCAUGCCAAAUUUUGAGUUAUAAUGAAUGUUUAUUUGACAAACAGGUUUUUUCUGACUGGAAAUGACAUAAGAAGGUGACAAAAGACGGCAAGACAUUAUGUUAGAGAUAUUAAUGAAAAAUGUUACCUUUCUAUGUUUUUUUUUAAACAUUUUUACAAAAAAUGUCAUGUCCAAUAUUAUUCAUACCCCUUGAAAUUGUUGCAAAUGUUUGAGGAAAUGCAGGCUUCUAUACCAUUCCAAAUGGUCCUGGUAAUUUCUACCAUGUUCUAGAGCAUUCUAAUCAACUAUAAAUUGAGAACAGCUGAUGCAGUUGUUCUCUAGCCAGUUUCUAGUCAAUUGCAAGUCAUGGCUAAAACUAAAGAGCUUAGUGAGGACCUCCUGUUGCGCAUUGUGGCUGCUCACAAGAAGGGGAAAGGCUACAAAGCCAUAUCCGAGUGUUUUCAAGUGCCAGUGGCCACAGUGCAAAGCAUCAUCAAAAAGUACAAGGAGUUCCACACUGUGAAAAAUCUCAAAAGGCGUGGUAGGAAGCCAAAAGUGACCCCUGCGCUGGCAAGAAUGGUAGUGCAAGAGGCCAAGAAGUAUCCAAGGAUCACCACCAAGGCCAUCCUGAAGAAUCUGUGCAAUUCUGGUACCAACAUCUCAAGGCAGACACUCCAGCGGACACUGCACAAGGCUAGCCUCCAUGGACGCCGACCAAGGAGGACUUCGCUUCUCUGAAACAGGCACACAAAAGCUCGCCUAGCCUUCGCAAAAGCUCACCUGGACAAAGAAGACAGCUUUUGGUCAUCAAUUCUGUGGUAGGAGGAGACGAAAAUGGAGUUGUUUGCACACAGGGACAUGAAUUUCGUUUGGCGAAAGAAAGGAGAAGCAUUCAACCCCAAGAACACCAUGGUGGUGGGAAUGUAAUGCUUUGGUGGUAUUUUUCAACCAAUGGGCCAGGCAACCUUGUCAAAGUAAACAGAAUCAUGAGAAAAGAGGACUACAUUAAGAUUCUGGAGGAAAACAUCAGGCAGUCUGCAGAAAAACUUGGCAUUGGGCAGCACUGGACCUUCCAACAAGACAAUGAUCCGAAACAUACAGCCAAAGUGGUCAAGAAAUGGUUAACAGAAAACAAUAUCAAUGUUUUGGAGUGGCCAGAGUCCAGACCUGAAUCCCAUCACGAAUCUGUGGAGGGAACUAAAGACCAGAGUGAUGGCAAGGAAGCCUUCCAACCUCAAGGACCUAGAGAUCUUUGCAAAAGAGGAGUGGUCCAAAAUCCCAGUGGAGACAUGCAAAAAGCUUGCUGGCAAUCAUAAGAACCGUUUGACUGCUGUGAUGGCAAAUAAAAGCUUUGCCAUUGAUUACUGAGAAAGGAUAUGAAUAAUUUUGGACAUGGAAUGUUUUGUCAAAAUGUAAAAAAAAAAAAAAAUACAUAAAAAUAGGUAAUAUUUUUCAUUAAUACUUCUAACACAAUGUCUUACCGUCUUUUGCCACCUACUUAUGUCGUUUCCAGCCAGAAGAAACCUAUUUGUCAAAUAAAAAUUCACUAUAAACGGUGAAUCAGCAGUAUUCUUCAGAAUUCUUACCUGACUUCUCUGGAGAUUCGCUACCUCGCGCCAAUCUCUUGCGUUUGGCAGUAUUUUUAUACUGUGGAGGAAGCCGGAGCGAGAAGGGCUGAUGACAAGGCGGCUACGGAACCGUCUUGAAUGUGAAAAUUGUCUGUAAAAGACGCGUGUGUAAAUAACAGAGCACGGCAGGGCUACUUACGGAAACGGUUGUCUCCUGUGAGUGUGUUUUAAACAGGAGGGGUGGCACUCACUUGCCACAGUGGUGGCCCGUGCGGGGGGGUAGUAGUAAACACAGUACACAGAGGAGACAACAUGGAGCACAGCCAGGAGCAGGGGGAAACGCCACAACCAGUGGUAGCGCUGGCAAGGAUGCUGGAGGGGAUGGCGGCGAUGCAGGAGAGGCAGGCGGCGAUGCACGCCGAACAGCUGGAGGCUCUGCGGGCGCAGACCUCCCUCCAGACGCAGGCUCUACUGCAGCUAGCGGCUGCGGGAGAAACCAGCUCCCGAGAGCAACAGACCGGACCCCCCGUAGCUCUCCAUCUGCCAAAAAUGACCCCGGAGGAUGACACGGAGGCAUUCCUUGAGGGGUUUGAGGUGGCCGCGAGGGCAAGUAAAUGGCCGGAGGAGGAGUGGGUCGUCCGCCUCCUGCCCCUCUUAACUGGGGAAGCACAACGAGCUGCACACAGCUUACCCCCCACAGCGCGGACGGUCUAUGUCAACCUGAAGAAGGCGGUCCUGGACCGCCUGGGAUACAGCCCGGAAGAACACCGGUGGCGGUUCAGGGAGACGGCCUUGGCAGGAGAAGACCGACCGUUCGCUUACGCCCAGAGACUGCUGGACAUGGCGCAUCGGUGGCUGCGACCGGAACUCCGGUCAGCCGACGAGGUGGUGGAGCUGCUGGCCCUCGAACGUUUUAUCGAUGGCCUCCCGGGGGAGACGGCGAAUUGGGUGAGGUGCCAUCGGCCGACCGGGUUGGCGGCCGCCGUCACCCUGGCGGAGGACCACCUGGCGCUCUACCCCCGCGGCCAGUCACAGCAGCAGCAGCAGCAGCAGCAAGGACGGGCAGACCCGGCUCCGCGCAGGAGAGCCCUUCCUCGUUCCCUUCCUUCCCCCCUUUCUUCCUCCCUUCCCCGUGCCCAAACCCCCGCAUUUUCCCGCAACAACCCUUUUUUUCUGUUUCCCCAGCCCCAGGCUCAGUGGCGGCGGGAUACGACCCACAGAGAGCUCCUCAGAUGCCCGGACCGGGGUGUUGGCGGUGCGGACAACCGGGUCACCUGCGCCGCGAGUGCCCGCUCAUGGAGGUGGGGCAGGUGGUUUGUGUUGUCGGCCCGCCCACCUCCGCUCCCGACCUAGACGGAGCGUACUGUAUUCCGGUAAGGAUUCAAGGGAGUGAACACCAGGCGCUGUUGGACUCAGGGGCUAUGCAGACCAUGAUUCGACAAAGCCUGGUUCGACCUGAGGCGUUGUUAGAAGCAUCAAGGGUAUCUAUAAGGUGUGUGCAUGGGGAUUUACACGAGUACCCUAUCGUCUCAGUGGAAAUUCGGUGUCAAGGGAAAAAGCAUAAAAUAAAGGCUGCGGUUAGCUCCCGCCUCUCG